UCAUCUUUGACUUAACUUCCUAGGUGUCGAUUAUACUGGUAUGCUGCCAGAACUAGGCUAGACGUUGAGACCCCCACAGCUCUAGGAGAAUUGGAAUAGUUAUGUCGAAGCAAUACCUCACCCUCCACACUCUCGACGCCGUCCAUCCCUCCGACAUCUUCGCCCUAGCAGCUACAAAGACACAAAUCCUCUCCGGCUCCGGCUCCAGCUCCAUCCGCAUCCACGAUACCACUCAACCCGACUUCCCUCUCGCGCAAACUCUCGAAGGCGCACAUAAACUCGGCGUUCACCACCUCGUAACUUCAAGAGAAGGCAAGACCGCCGCAAGCGCUGGAUUCGAGGGAAAAGUAAAGAUAUGGAUGGUAUCAGAGGACGGGACAUGGUUCGAGAAGGGGGAUAUUGUUGAUCAGCACAACCCCGGAGACAUAUGGGCCAUUGCUCUCAGCGCAGACGGUAAUUAUCUCGCGAGCAGCAGCAUUGAUGGCAAGAUCAACGUGUGGUCUCUUACUUUCAACAAGGACUGUAUGCCGAAGAUCAGGGACUAUGAGACAAAGGGCAGCUUUGGGCUCUGUGUAAAUUUGAGCGCAGACGGUAAAUUCACUGCAUCCGGCCAUGAAAACGGCAGCGUUUUCAUCUUCAACAAUGACACAGGACGACUCGCACACUCUCUCCCUGGCCUCGUUCAACCCAUCCGUGCAGUAGCCUUCAGCCCUGCCUCAAAGCUUCUUGCUGCAGCUGGAGACGCAAGGGUAAUUGCACUCUACGACGUCAACUCUGGCGAGCAGGUGGCUAAUCUAGUUGGCCAUGGAGCUUGGGUGCUGACGCUGGAUUGGAGUGAUACUGGGGAGUAUCUACUUUCGGGGUCCCAUGACUCCAAAGCUAAAAUUUGGCGCAUCGACUCAAAAUCCUGCGUCACAACCCACACUCACGGUGACCGACCCCUCUGGGCUGCACGAUGGCUGCCGAAAACAACGAGGAGCGAGAUGUUCGCCCUGGCUGGUGGGAAUCAGGCUAUUGGCUUUUAUCGAGAGGCUGCGGGUUGAGUGAGAUUAUCAGGUGAAGAUGGUGUUUGUGUAAUAUGAUAGAGCGCAAUGUGGGGGAGUGGAGUGGAUUUUGCGUACGAAGCUUCUCUGAGCAUAGAGAAGGGCAUGGGUUGGGUUGGUCUUGGUCUGGCUGGCCAUUGAAAGGAAUGGUGAAUGGUGGUGGUGGUGGUGGUAGGAUUAGCUUGAUGGAGGAUGCCAGGAGGAUUCCCAGCCGUGUUUGUGUGCUCAUGCACGCUUCGAUAAGCAGAACAAAAGUAGAUGGGUAUUGGCAUCAGCAUCGGUGACUCCCGUUGGGUUUAGCAAGCAACUACUCCCAUCGGUAAUCC